GACCAAAAUAGCGCCGCGGCAUCGCUCCAUGCACUGCGCAUUCUUGCGUUUGCUACCGCCAUGACACGUCCGUCGAAGAAGAAGCAAGUGGAAGUUCACUUGCGCAUCCGUCCGUUGGUGAAGGAAGAGCUCGAGCGGCAAGACGUCCCCCUCGUGUUGACGUGUUUGGACGGUGCCGAUGGCUUGACCAACUUGAGCCUCACGACGCCGAAAACCGAAGCAGAUGACGUCGAGUUCGUCGAAGUGUUGGGGUUUCAAGUGCCCAAGUCCAAGCCAAAGCGAGACAAGACGUUCCGCCGCUUCCACAGUGUCCAUGACGACGUCGCCAACGAAGCCUUUUUCAAAACCACCGUCGCCCCCCUCGUCCAAGAUACCCUGGCUGGCCGCACGGCGUGCUGCUUUGCGUAUGGCCACACAGGGUCGGGGAAGACGCACACAAUCCUCGGAUACGGAACGGAGCACGGCAUGUACCACUUGGCAUCCAAGCAAUUGUUUGAUGCAAUCGACGACGUCCGCGACCAGCACUCGAGCGUCGACCCCAUCGACCACCCGAAGAUUCAAGUCCGGCUCAACGAGAUCUACAACGGUGAGGUGUACGAUCUCUUGAACGACAGCGCCAAGUGCUAUGUGCGCGAAGACGCCCAUGGGAAGGUUCAGAUUCGAGGCGACACAGUUGUGGACCCCGACACAGGCCUCGUAUCCACGACCGCGUCCACGAGUUUGGUGGCCGCGACGCACGACGAUCUCUUGGACAUUGUUCGCGUCGGCCUUGCAGCGCGGUCGACGGGCAACUCGAAUGUCCAUCGCGCCAGCUCGCGGUCGCACGCGAUCGUCGAGCUCGAGUUUGUCUCUGACCGCAUCCUGCAGCUCCGACAACAAGUGGACGCCCUCGAAAGCGAGUACACGAGCAUUCGGCACGAGCGAGACGCACUUGAAAUGGACAUCUUUACGCGGCAGCAUUACAAAGUCGAAGGCAAGUGGGUCAAAAAGGAAAACGCCCAGGGCAGCACGGACGAAGAGUGCUCGCGGCUCUUGGAUCUGCGCAAGGCGUACUUGGCUGUGGAGGCGCAGAAGCGAGCAGCGCAACGCAACGUGGAAGUGGCUCAAUCGGAAGGACUGCCGUGCGUGGGAGGUACGCUCGUCUUUGUCGACUUGGCCGGCUCCGAACACGCGAGUAAAAGCACCGACGGAAUCCAAAAGACGGAAGAAGAGCAACAGGAGUGCCGAGAGAUCAACAAGUCCCUCAGCGCGCUCAAGGCUUGCUUUCGAGCGCAAUCCCAAGGGCUGGCCAGCACGAGCUGCUACCGCAACUCCAAGCUUACGCUUGUCCUUCGCGACCAUUUGAAGUCAUCGCACACAGCCAUGAUUGCUGCCGUGUCGCCGUCGAGUUUUCACGUAGACAAGACGAUUCACACACUGCAAUACGCGCAACUCGUGGCGGAGAAGUAGGUCGUGGCAUGAACAUCGGUUGGCUUUUACAACGUCAUCAAGUGCAUGGAUUCAUUGCUACUUACAAAUUCACUUCGAAAUGAGGUACAAAUUCGCCCACGAGGCAGCGGCAGCGCAUUGCCGGGGCCAACUUUUUCAAAGCACCGAGCCCAACAUGCUGGACGUCGCAAGCUGGGGCAGCCGCUUUGCUUCCAGGGAAAGCCGGCGGAACCAGCGACAGAAGGAACGCCAUGGCAUCGUCGGCUACAGCACUAACAAAGGUGUCCUUGCAUCCAUCGAGGUUGAGCCCCUGCGCUGGAUCCCGUACCUCUCUGGCAUAGUCCAAUCGUUCGUCGCACAUGUCGUAAUUCGAAUCGUGAACUCUUGACCAGC